GCCAUUAUCUAUAUCGUUCUAUAAUAAAGAAAGCUUACCAUGAAAUAUCGUUCCCGGGGCUUGACAAGGCACUUCGAGAUGAGGCGUGCAUGGUGGCAGAAGUCUUGUCCAAUCAUUGAAUCUAUAGUUACAUUUAGAAUCCCGCCCCUUUAUGUAUGUAUUAAGUAGCAGACAUAUUUGCAUAAGAAAUGAACAAGACAAACGAAAACAACAGUGACGCCUAAAGACACGCGUGUUCUUCUAUCUCGCGCGGAACCGCGCUGCUCGUGUCGCUGCAGAGAGCGCGCGCGCGCCUGCCUGCUCGCCGUGACUGCGGACCUCCUCACCCAAACCAGCCGUAGCCGGUAUGGCAGUGAAUGAGCGCACCUCAGGCGACUCGAGGAACUGGCGAACAAAACGACUGCACGUUAUAGAGAGAGGCAACUGAAAGAAAAAAAACAACAAGCCUCUAAGCUGAGAAGAAUAACAAAGGAAGGAACGAAAGCCAAAGCAAGAAAAAAAACAAAAAAAAAAAAAACAAACAAAACAAAAAACAGCCACUUAUGCACAUGGAAGCCAGAGCGCGCAUUCAUUGGGAUUUAGAGGCACAAUUCGAAUUUGGAGGCUCGCAGCAUCAGAAGUGAAGAUUCAAGUCUAUAAUAAAAAAAGAUUUGACUCAUGACAGGUACAAGAAAUGGCUAUUAAUUCAGAGGUAAAAUGCAAGCAGGACGAUGACUGGAAAACUCACCCAGAUAUUGAUGGAGGAUGGGCUUGGAUGAUUGUCUUUGCCUCUUUUAUAAUUCACGUGUUAAUCAUGGGUUCCCAAAUGGCUCUUGGGAUUUUAUAUGUUGAGUGGUUGGAUGAGUUCAAGGAAAGUCGAGGACUAACUGCAUGGAUUGGCUCAUUGACAAUUGGCAUCACUUUGAUUGUAGGACCUAUUAUUGGCCUUUUUGUGAACACAUGUGGCUGUCGUAAGACAACAAUUAUUGGAGGCCUUGUGACUGCCUUAGGCUGGACUGUCAGUGCAUACGCUACUAAUGUUUACUAUCUUUUCAUAUCAUUUGGUGUCACAGCUGGUGUAGGGAGUGGAAUGGCAUAUCUGCCUGCUGUUGUGAUGGUUGGACAGUAUUUUCAGAAAAGACGGGCUCUGGCACAGGGACUAAGUACCACAGGAACAGGAUUUGGAACUUUUAUUACAACUGUUCUUUUAAAAUAUCUCUGUAUAGAAUAUGGAUGGAGAAGUGCCAUGUUGAUACAUGGUGCAAUCAACCUUAACUUAUGUGUAUGUGGAGCACUUAUGAGACCUUCCCCUGCUCUUCCAUGUCGCAGGCAACUUGGGAAUUGUGAAAAGAAUGAGUGUAAUGAAAAAUUUGAGAAAGAUGACAUUGGCCAGAGUGAGUUCACAGGUUGCUUUGAUACAGAUGCCAUAGAAGAGGCAGGCGAUGAUGAAGAUGAACAGAGCCCACCUCAGGACCAAAUUAGUGAACAGAUGAAGCAAUUAGACUCUAAUGACACGGACAAAAUGGAAGUUGUGCUCAGAGAAAAAUACCCUGUUAGCAUACUGAAGACAAUAAGUCACGUGACUAGCAACAUGAAACUAGGAUUUUGGAAAUGGUAUUCUGGCUACUUUGGAAACAAAUCCCUCUUCUCUAACAGACUGUUUAUAUCAUUUGUUUUCUGGGCACUAUUUGCAUAUUGUAGCUUUGUCAUUCCUUUCAUUCACUUGCCAGAGAUUGUAAAACUAUAUGGCUUUGAUGAAGAAAAUGAUAAAAUUCCCUUAACUUCAGUUAUUGCAAUAGUUCAUAUAUUUGGAAAGAUUUUUUUGGGCAUGAUAAGUGAUCUUCCCAUUGUAAGUGCCUGGAAUGUUUUUGUCAUUGCUAAUAUGACUAUGUGUGUUUGCAUUUUUAUUUUACCUUUGAUGCACACUUUUGCAGGACUUGCUAUCGUGUGUGCAUUAUUGGGAUUUUCAAGUGGCUAUUUUUCAGUGAUGCCUGUUGUGACAGAAGAUUUAGUAGGAUUAAAUAAUCUUGCUAAUGCUUAUGGCAUUAUUAUUUGUGCAAAUGGGAUAUCGGCUUUAUUGGGACCACCAGUUGCAGGAUGGAUCUUUGAUGUUUCGAAUAAGUAUGACUAUUCUUUCUACCUCUGUGGUUUGCUUUACCUGGUUGGAAUUGGAUGCUUACUUAUUAAACCUUGUCUCCAAAAGCAGAGUUCAGAAAUGACAAACGAGCAGAAUGUUAAAACCUAAGCAACUUGUUUAUUCACCUGCUAAUUUGUACUGAACAUAAAUAAAACAAAUAACUUUAUGCAUGAAACACUUUUAUCUUUUCAAGGGACUCAGUAUGGCAUGACACAGCACAAUGACAAUAUCUUGUUUGCUAUGAAUCGAUUGGUUUUUGAAAUUUCAGCCAGUGUGUUCUUUUAUGAUACUUGUUUUAUAUUUUUGACAGUGGAUCAUUAAUUUCUUCAAAAAAAGUAGCAUAGUUUUUUUCAUAGAAAAUGUAUUCAGUUUUAAGGGAUAAGUAAAUAAAUGUUUUUCUCUAUUUCAGCAAGUGCAUUUACACCAAAUUUUAAAUAAUGCAGUCUCUUUUUUAUUCAUAUAUUCUUACCCUUGACAAUAUAAACAGUUUAAAGGAAUACUUUUAAUUAACAGAGCAAUAAGACUGGGUAUAUAUGUAACCACAGAGCCCGGGAAAAAUGUAAUGGCGCUGGUUUCUAAAAAGGGUUACAAUGCAUGGCGUGUACCUGACAUGAGGGUUUUGUUGAUCUUAUGCACAUACAUUUGCAUUACAUUAGUUAUAUUUAUUUAUUUCACUUUUUUGUUUUACUUUCUAUUUUUGUUUAAUAUUCUAGAAUAUUACAAGACAGAAGGUGGCAUACAUUUGUAUACUGCUUUAGUAUAGUAAAGUGUCCUAAAUUUAAAUACUAAUAAAAAAAAAAACAGUAUAAAGCUGGGGUGCCCACACUUUUUCGGCAACGCGAUCUACCUGCACUACCUUUGUGAUUUACCGGUCGAUUACGAUCGACUCAUUGGGCACCUCUGGUAUAAAGGAUACCUACAGCAUUAAGAAUAUUUUAUGGAUGUGAUU